CGCUUUCAGGUGGGUUCGCUUCAAGUUCCGGAACGGUGGGUUCGACUUGAGGUGACGGGACCCAGACGGCGCGAGAGGAGGCGCUGUCCGCGCUGCACAGGGCGGGUCUGAGGCUCGGCGACGCCGCCCGGGGCACCCGCGCCACCGCCGUGCCCGGGUCUCCUCCUCUCCCGCCACUCCCGGCCCCGCUCUGCCCCCAGUGUCCCAUGGCGGCGGCCGCGCGGAGGGAGCCGGCUCAGGGCACUGUGACUUUUGAAGAUGUGGCCGUGUACUUCUCCUGGGAGGAAUGGAAUCUCCUUGGUGAGGCUCAGAGAUGCCUGUACCGUGAAGUGAUGCUGGAGAACUUGGCACUUAUAACCUCCCUUGGUUGUUGGUGUGGAGCAGAGGAUGAGGCACCUGAGCAGAGUGUUUCUGUAGAAAGAAUGUCACAGGUCAGGUUUUCUAAGGCAGGUCUGUCUUCCCAGAGGGCCCACCCAAGUAAGAUGUGUAGCCCAGUCUUGAAAGACAUUUUGUGCUUGUCUGAGCACCUGGGAACAUGUCGUGGACAGAAGUUGUGCAGGUUUGGGCCAUGUGGGAAGCAAUUAUAUUUCAAUGCAAACCUCCAUCAGCACCAAAAGCGGGACAUUGGAGAGAAACCCUUUGGAAUCAAUGUGAGCAGAGCUUCGUUUGUGAAUGAUUGCAAAUUCCAUGUGUCUGGGAAUCACUUUACCUGCAGGGAGGUUGGGAAGGGCUCCCUGGCCUUGUCAGGACACUUCCAGGUACAAACCACUCACACUGAAGAAAAGUCAAACACUGGAACUGUGUGUGGGGCAGCCUUUCAUAGGCAAAAAUCUCGUUACAGCUCUGGAGAAUGCAUGAAAGCUUUGAUGUGCGAACACACACUUGUUCAGCACCAGAGAGUCCUGACUAGAGAAAGAUGUUACAUGUGCAGUGAAUGUGGGAAAUCGUUUAGCCAAAGCUACAGCCUCAUUAGACACUGGAGAGUUCAUUCGGGAGAAAGGCCUUAUGAGUGCAGGGAAUGUGGGAAAUCCUUUAGCAAAAGCUAUACCCUCAAUAAUCACCAGAGAGUUCACACUGGAGAAAGGCCUUAUGAAUGUGGGAAAUGUGGGAAAACCUUUACGCAUAGCUCUAACCUCAUGAAACACCAGAGGGUUCACACUGCAGAAAGGCCUUAUGAAUGCAAGGAAUGUGGGAAAUCUUUUACCUACAGGUCUAUUCUCUUGGAACACCAGAGAGUUCACACUGGAGAAAGGCCUUAUGAGUGCAGCGAAUGUGGGAAAUCAUUUAGCCAAAGGUCCCACCUCAAUAACCAUGGGAGAAUUCACACUGGAGAAAGGCCAUAUGAAUGCUGGGAAUGUGAGAAAUCCUUUAGCCAUAGCUCUAGCCUCAUUAAGCACCAAAUAGUUCAUACUGGAGAAAGGCCUUUUGAGUGUGGGGAAUGUGGAAAAUCCUUUUACCAAAAUUCUGGCCUCAUUCAACACCAGAGAGUUCACACUGGAGUAAGGCCUUAUGAGUGUGAUGAAUGUGGAAAAUUAUUUAGUAACAAGUCCAACCUCAAUAAACAUUGGAGAGUUCAUACUGGAGAAAGGCCUUAUGAGUGUAGUGAAUGUGGGAAGUCUUUUAGCCAAAGCUCCAGUCUCAUUCAACACCAGAAAGUACACACAAGGUAAAGACCUUAUGAGUCAUCCUAUGAACUGAACGUUUAUGUUCCCCAAAAGUCAUAUGUUGAACCCUAUCCUCAUCAGGAUAGUAUUAGGUACCACAUUAGUGGUAGUAUUAGGAAGUGAGGUCUUUGGGAGGUAGUUAGGAUUAGAAUGGAUCAUAGAGUGGAGCCCUCAUGGAUGGGAUCAGUGUCCUUGUAAGAGUCGUGAGAGAGCUCGCUUCCUUUAUCUGCCAUGUGAGGACCCUUUGAGAAGAUUAUCAUCUGUGAAUCAGGAAGUAGAUCCUCAUCGGACGCAGAUGUCAUCUGUGAAUCAGGAAGUAGGUCCUCAUCGGACGCAGAACCGGACCAUAUGGGAACUGUGAUGUUGGAAGUCCAGCCCCCAGAACUGAGAAAUAAGUUUCUGUUGUUUAUAAGCCACCCAGUUUAUUAUAGUUUGUUAUAGCAGCCUGAGCUAAGACAAAUGUGGAGAAUAUGGGUAAUCAUUUAGCCAAAGUACAGUCUCGUAAAAAUCAGAGAAUUCACACUGGAGCAAAGCCUUAUGAGUGGGUGAAUGUCACAAUUCCUUUAGGCAGUCAUCUGUCUUCAUUCCACACUUCAGAGUUCACACUGCAGAAAGGCUAUAAAAUAACAGAGAAUGUGAUAUUUCCUUGCUUAGUGUAAUUACACUGGAGGUGAACCUUGCUGAAGAAGUCAUAUACCUGAAUUGAACUUCGUUCAUCUGAAUGUCCAUAGUAGGGUGACUUCGCAUAAGUUCCAGCUAUUUGGGAAACUUUCGGAAGCUGCAUUGUGCUUUCCAACUUGCGCAGAGUCCUUACUAUCUUUGUCACUGCCAGUUUCUGUGGCAGAAGUCAUUUUACCUCUGCUACGUGGCAGGGCCCCACAAUGUAGAUCAGUUAGCACCCCAACAUGCUUAGUGAAGCUGACCUCUGCUCUCUCAUUUGUUGAUUCAAAUGGGUAACUGGAACCCCCAGGGGAUCCUCAUUCCACUCUCUCUAAGUUAGGGCAUAGAUGUGACCUGUUGUUGGCCCAGAGUACCUGAUCUGAGUUCUGGGUGGUGUCUUGCAGAGAAAGACUACAUCUCUUAGGGAUGUUGUUGGUCUCUUUUGAUUCUUCUGAUAAAUCUUUGCAGCUUCCAAGUCACCAACCCAGGAAUUUUGUGCCACACGUUGCUCUGGUUUAUGCAGUAAUAAAGUCCUUUUUGUUUAAUUACCUUUAACCUUGGAUGUUCUGUUCAUUCUGGGACGUGGUUUGAAAGCAGAAUUGGGCUCUACCAGCAUGAAAGGGAUGAACAAAUUUCACUGGAUCUGUAUCAAACCAAUACACAACAAUCUACACUGAUUUCAAAUCACACACUAAUUAAUCUGAAGGGCCUAAUACCCUGUACAAAUCUAAAUUCACAAAAAUAUCAAUCCACCCUGUGAUUCUAAAUCGCUUGCAAUCUUAAUCACAGUCAUAUUUCGUGGGUAUUUUUUCCUUUGACACACAUUCUUUUACACCAUAGUUUAAUGAUCAGUUUAAGCAACCAUAUUCCUAAUAUUAGCAAAAGCAUAGUAAAGAACUCUAACAUGAUGCCAUAUUCAAUCACCAAAAGACCAGAAAUUAAGUUUCUUAAACCACUCGAUUAAGCUUCCUUGGCAAUUGCGUUUCCGUGUAAAAGCCAUUUUAUAAAGCCCCAGGGGUUACAAGCUUGCGUAGCAUCGUUAGGCACAUGCUUGGUUGCCAUUACAUGAGAAUUUAAAGCUGUCGUAACUUUAGGAAAAGCAUAUUUUUGUUCUCUUUAAUUCCUGCAAAGUUAUUUUGACUUUAUUAGUCUCAUCUUCUAGAUGUUCUU